ACCUCCCAUCCCCCUCUCGCUUCACUUACUCUCUCUCUCAGCCUGAAGUUCAGUGGAAGCCACCAGAAGAGAACGUUUGACUCGUGCGCUUGCUCGAGACAGAGCUCGAGCGAGAGGGGGCUGCGUGCGCCUGCCCCGUGCAGAGUCAGGGCUAGGGCAGUGGGGAGCCUCCCCCCUCCCCCAAUAACACAGCGGCAACAAGCCAUGGUAUAAGGACACUCAGCCAGCGUGAGAAAGAGAGAGAAGAGGGGGCACCGAGCAGGGAAAGUUUAUAGACAGCCCGGGCUCUGUGGGAGGGAGGCCGCGGACAGCCGUCUUCAGGAUCUGCGUUACAAAGAAGAGGCAGACUCUGUUUAGGAGUCUGUGAAUUGGGGGGGGGGUGGGGGGGUGGCGAUGGGUGAGACGGACAUCACCCCGGACUAGAGUGGGGAGACCCCGGGGCACUUUGUAAAGCUGAUGAGCAGCAGCCCCGCCCGCUAUCCCCUGGGUAAAGUACUGAAAUUGACCGGGACCCCCACCCCCCCAUUCCGAUCCCAUUCCCGAUUUAGUGCGGGGGGUGGUGGUGAGUCCCGGAGUCGGUGUGAGCUGCAUUUCAUCUGGAGUCAAAGCGUGUCUCAUCCUCCCGCUCGGGUUGCAGCAACUUGUACACCAUCUGCCAAUCUAGUAAAGGUUCAGGAAGUAGCAAGCUGGCUGUUGGAAAUGAACCAGGAAUUGCUGUCUGGGGGCAGCAAGAGACGUCGAACUGGAGGAUCCCUCAGAGGUAAUGCCUCUGUGAGUCAUAGGGAGGAGGAGCAAAUGAACAGAGUGGUGGAGGAACAAGAGGGGCAUUGUGUAAGGAAUGCUGAUGGCAGUGGUCCUGAGGCAAGCAGCAGCACCAGUGAUGAGGCCCAAGUUGCUACAGCAGAGGAAGAAAACAACAACCAAAUCACAGUAGCGGCUGAGGAAGAGAACAAAGAAGAGGAACAAGAGGACGGUGAAGAGGAAAUGGACCAAGACAGUGAUGAUUUUGAACAAUCUGACAGUAGUAGAGAAGAUGAUAGCACAAAUGGAAAUGAUGUAACCGAUCAAAAUUAUAACAUUGAUGUUGCCAUCCAACAACCACUAGCACUGUUAACUAAGAACCAGUUAUAAAAAGCCCAAUAGGAGCAAAAACAUUGAUGUCCAAAUGUUGCCACAUCAUUAUAACAUGGUAAUGUGAACACCAUUAAAUAGAAGCCACAAAUGAGAUGUUUAAGCACUGGAUGUGAUUCCGGAGUUGCAGAUUGUUAACUCCUGGUUUAGGUGCAAGAAUAUUAAAUAUUAAUAUCUGCAUUUAACAGAUACUGAUUAAAGUAAUUUCCU